AUGGACUUACCUGUCAAUAGUUGUAAAAAGUUUUUCUUCCUUGGUCAUGUGUCUUUUCCAAAGUGUCCAGGUUUCCCACAAACAAAACACCCUCUCCUUGGUCUGAAUUGUUUGGAGGCAAACUGGACUUCAUAUCGACGUAUACAAAUCCCUCAAGUCUUGAAGAUCACCAAGAUUGACCGAGCUCUGAUACCAUUGUUGAAACGUGGUGUGUUAGAUAUUGAUCUACAAAUCCCUACCUCUCGUGAUAUUUGUGAAAACUCGAGCUUCUAUCCUCUGCCUUCUAAGAUCUUUGAGAGCAAGACAUUGGUUAGGCUGAAGAUACAGUUUAAAUAUGGGGUCAACAUUCAUGUGAAACGUGGUGUUUCCCUUCCGAAGCUUAGGACUCUCCAUCUUGAUUAUAUCAAGAUAGAAACGAGUACGUUUAACAAGCUUCUCUCUGGCUGUCACGGGCUUGAAGAAUUAGUGCUGGUUAAUGUGAUGUGGGGUGAGUCUGAAGAACCUUCCCCUGUGACGGUGUCUAUCCCAACCCUCAAGAGACUUAAGUUUUGCCGUUCUAAAGAUUUCUAUGAGGCUGAUUUUCAUGAGUAUGGAGACUAUGAUGAGGAAAAAGAGGGAGUAUCAUUGUCGUUUGAUAAUCCGAAUUUGGUCUACCUGGAGUAUUCUGAUGCUAUUGUGGACAAGUAUAAACAAGUGAGUUUUGACUCACUUGUCGAAGCUAAUCUCAGACUUCGAAAUACACCUGAUGGUGAUCAAACUGAAACAGACAAGUUCAAUGUGCCAAAGCUUCUCAUGGGAAUACGCAAUGUUAAGAUUCUCUACUUGUCAAAUGACACUCUUGAGGUACUUGCUUGCUGCCGAAGAAGAAUACGGGUGUUCGACAACCUAAUCGAGUUAACUAUUAACACUACACCAUAUGUAGGAUGGGAAUCAUUGCCACCUUUACUCAAGAGUUGUCCAAGUCUAGAAACCUUGGUCUUCGAAGGAUUGUAUCACAAUUAUACAGAUAGAUGUAGAGACAAGGACGGAUGCUUGUGCAAAUAUGAUAAUGAUUGGGGGGUGAAGAUGGAUGUCCGUACUUGUCUAUCAUCAAGUCCAGUGAAGGUUCUGAAGAUAUUGAAGUUUGGUAAAACUUUUGAUGAUGAUGAUGUUGAUCGUGCUGAUGAUGACGAUGAUGAUCAAGAUGCUGGAUCUUGUGAUGAAGUUGGUGAUGUCGCAGAGGAGCAGAUUGAGCAUGUCAAGCACUUCCUAGAGACAAUGCCGGAUCUUGAACAAGUGAUAUUGUACUACAAUACACCAAAUGAUCAAAGAUGUGAUGAAAGUAUUCAGGAAACUUCAGAAGCUUCCUCGAGUAGCUUCAGCUACUUGCAAUGUCCAAAUAAAAUCGAAGAACCUCAGCUUGUCGUCUUCUUCGACUAAACGAGGUACUCGUCUGUAGAAGAUUCUUCUUGUGGUUUAUCAGCCAUGGAUAUGUCUCAGGCUACAAGUUUGUUUAGUUGCUAAA